UUCUCCUCCCUUUCCCUGCCCUCGCAGCCGGGAGGCGCGGUUCGUUACGGCGCGGUGUGGCGAGACGGCGAGCCGAAGCUCCGCGCUAUGCCGGCUGCUGCGCCGCCCCCGCUGCACCCCGGGGCGGGCUGCUGCUGCCACUACGGCCACUGCGCGGGACACCGAAGCAUGUUUGACCAUAUGUCACAAAGCACAAGCUCAAAGGUAACAGAGAGGACACUGCGUGGGACUUGUCCUUCUGCUGGUCGUGGAAACUGUGGAAAACAAUGUGUGAAUGCAAGCAGUUGUAGGUCUUCGUGUUUUAAUCCCCGGAAUGGUUUUCACACAAUACAUUCAGAGCACAGUCCUGUGAAGCCAAGAAUUAUUACAGUGGUGAGACCCUGUGGGCAUACACUCAGAAAGAUAACCUUGCUUCUGAACAGGAGAUCAGUGCAGACCUUUGAACAGCUAACAGCUGAUAUUUCAGAAGCUAUGGGAUUUCCACGCUGGAAGAAUGAUCGAGUGAGAAAGCUUUACAAUCUAAGAGGCAAAGAAAUCCAAAGUGUUUCUGACUUCUUCAGAGAAGGUGAUGCAUUCAUAGCUCUGGGCAGGGAGCCCCUUACGUUGAAGAACUUGGAAGUGGCAAUACAAGAACUUUGUCCUGAAAAUCCAUAUGCUGCCAGUGCAAUUCAGCAGAAUGAGGAGCAGUCUCAAAAGCUGAAGAGCAGGCUGUGUGAUAAAGCUUCAGUAGUGGAUGCUGGCUUUGAUGAGGCUGAAAUUGCCAAGAACUGCAGUGAUGUUGUGUCUCCCAAAACGGCAGCUGGAAAAAGUCAAUCCAAGCCAAGGCAAGAAGAAAAAAUGAGAACCAAAAAAAAGUGGACUAGAGGGAGUUGGAAUGGUGAACAAGGAGUAAGGCCUUCUAGAAAAGCUCGAGAAGAUGAGAGGUACCUUAACCAAGACAGGAGCCCUGAGAAAGGGUUAGAAGAGAGUUCAAUGGAGGUAUUGAGGUGUGAGAAGUGUGAAUGGGAAAGGCAGGCCAGGCAAAAGUUGCAAAGAGAAAGGCAGGCUGAGACUUCAUUUGAGAACACAGAUCUGAAUGCACGCGCAUGUCAGAGGUACCAUGUGGAAAGAAAUGCCAAAAUCAGGAAUUGCCAGAAAUCUUCAGAAAUUCCUCUAGAGGAUGAAGAUAUUGGCUGGAAAGAUAAUUGCUGUAGAAGGACCUGGAAGUCUCUACAUAGGAAUGUUAAUGAAGGACUGGAUAAACAAAAGAGGAGCAUUGAGAAGGAAAGGGAUCUGGAGAAACAUGAAAACCGUGAGAAGGAAGUAGUAAAAAUAAAGAAUGCUGUAGAAGGGCUACAGAUCGCUCUUGAAAUGAAGGAGGAAAAUGGAAGUAGUUGUAUAACAAACCAAAAUGGUUGGCUAAUGAAAGACACUCCAAGAGAUGCUGAGAAACCAUCUAAAACACAUAGGGAUGGUAGAGAGGGGCAAAGGACUAAAGAGGAGGGUGUCAGGAGAGAGGGAAAUAGCAUACAUACAGAGAGUAACAUGACACGACGAGAGAAAACAGGAGAGCGCAGAUCGAAUAAAGAAGAAAACAAGGCUCAGGCGCUGGAAAGCACAAGCCGGAGGCGUGCCAUAAAAAGCAGAACUGAUGUAGAAAACCACUAUGAGAUUGGCAGGACUAUUGGGGAUGGGAAUUUUGCAGUGGUGAAAGAAUGUCGCCGCUGUGACUCAAAUCAGAUCUACGCCAUGAAAAUUGUUGAUAAAUCCAAGCUGAAGGGGAAGGAGGACAUGAUGGAAAGUGAAAUUCUGAUCAUUAGAAGUCUUUCUCAUCCCAAUAUAGUAAGCUUAAUUGAAGUGUAUGAGACGGAGGCUGAGAUCUAUCUAAUCCUGGAGUACAUCCCAGGAGGGGAUUUAUUUGAUGCGAUCAUAGAAAGCGUGAAGUUCACAGAGCAUGAUGCUGCUGUCAUGAUCACUGACCUGUGUGAAGCCCUGGUGUAUAUUCACAGCAAGAACAUUGUCCACAGGGACCUCAAACCAGAGAACCUUCUGGUUCAGCACAACGCAGAUAAAUCUACUACAUUGAAACUAGCAGAUUUUGGCCUUGCAAAGCUGGUUACAAAACCCAUAUUUACUGUGUGUGGAACACCAACCUAUGUUGCCCCUGAGAUACUUGCUGAGAAGGGCUAUGGGCUCGAAGUAGAUAUGUGGGCAGCUGGUGUGAUCCUGUACAUUCUGCUCUGUGGUUUUCCACCGUUUCGCAGUCAGGAUCGUGAUCAAGAAGAGCUGUUUCAAAUCAUACAGCUGGGUCACUAUGAGUUCCUUUCCCCGUACUGGGACAAUAUUUCUGCAGCAGCAAAAGACCUCAUUACCAGGCUGUUGAUAGUGGAUCCCCAGAAGCGCUACACUGCACGACAAGUACUUCAGCAUCCUUGGAUCAGAACAGCUGGAAAAACUAACAACAGAAAUUUGCAAAGGGAAGUAACGAUAAAUAUUGAGCGUCAUUUCCGGACCCAGCGCCGGAAGGAGGCUGUGGAUAAAGACACAUGAAAUCUCUUUGAGUUCAUCUAGCCUUCUUUUUUAGUAAUUAACAAAUUAUUUAUGUUUUCUAAAUGGAUUUGGCCUUUAGUUGAUGGAUCUUGCUGGCCAUUGCUAUGCCUUUUUCUUUUUUCUGUUCUCAUUGAUUCUGAGAUUCUGAAGAAAGACAGAGGUCAAAUUUGCAUCCACCUUCCUGUACUUUAGUUUGCAAGUGUCUCUGGCAGCACUGGAUACUAAAUAUUUCUCAGAAUUUAUCUAUUAUUUUUUCUUUAAAUAAUGAUUUGAACUUUUACAUUACAUAAUAUAUAUCUUUUUCAGAUGACAAAUGUUCGAUUUUGUGUCUAACUCCAGUGAUGACUGUGAAAUGCUUUCACUUGUCUCUUCAUAUGGUAUCUUUCAUGGGUUCUACUUUUUGCUUUUAAGUUGUGUUCUGUUUGUAGCAUUGUCAAAAUGGCUGUCCGCUCACAUGUUCUGCGCUAAUUCUCUAAACUGAUUUCUCACCAGUUCCUGCUAGCAAUUUAGAAGGUGAGAAAAACAAAAAUAGAUGAAUAAAUAUUUAGCCUGUUAACAUUAGUAUGUUAAUAAAAGAUGCAGUACUGUUUAUUAAGUAGUGAGGGGGAAAAAAUCAUAGUUGAAAUUGGCUACUCUAUGAUAACUCCUUUGGCAACAUCUUUUCAUGGGAUGCUCUCAGGGCGAGGAUAAUAGUUCUGUUAAGCUACUGUAGUUUGUACAGUGUGGUAGUUUUGGUUCUUUACAAGAAGAGGUGGGAAGAUACCAUGGGCAGAUACAGCUUCAAGACUGUAAUAAUACCUUUCACAGUGCUUUUCUUCCUGCUCUGGGAAGUGGGAAGUCAACAGUUCUGAAGGAGCAUUAGUUCUUUUCCCAAAGGCAUGUUUAUGGAAUUUUAACCCAAGCUUUUUUCUCAUACUUAAGUCUUUCUUAGGAGCCAUCCACAUGGAUACGUGACUUUUUCAAGCUGACGGAGAACAGAGAGCUGGAAGCUGCUGCUGUGACUUAAGUUAGCCCUUACCUUCAUGCUUCCCCUGUUAUCAACACAAUUCACAAUUGAAUUGCUUUUAUAUGCUUUUCAGUGUAGUUUAGCAAACUUUUUUUUUUUUUUUUUCCAAAUUAUCUUCUCUGGGGACUCUAUCUCCUCAAUUCCAUGAGAAUAGAUGAUGGUAUGAAAUUACAUUAAAAUUCUACUCAGGAAAAACAAUUUCUUGUUAGUCUGUGGGAAGCUUCCCCAGGGUAUGUGUCAGAUGCUUCAUUGCUUAUGCUACCUAUAAUUGGAGUUUAAAAGAAAUCCAGUGGAGAAGAUUACAGUCCAGAGAAGGACUGUGACCUACAAGAUCUUUUGAAUCUCAGAACUUUUGGUUAACUAAACAGAUUGAAAAAGUACUUUAGUUGUCUGAUAGUGCUUUGUCCAUGAGUUGUGUGCUGGCAAAUAACAUUGACAAUAAAGCACCAAUUCUACUAGCAUCAAGUUCAUAGUGUGUAGAAUUGAAUGAGGCUAUUUCAUAAUGAGAGAUGUCAGAGGCAUUUCAGAAUCAGUAGAACACUUUCAAAACUAUAAGAAAAAAAAACAUUUAUGCUGAGUGCUAAAAUAGUGUGAACUUCCUGAAUUACUAACGUGUGUGUGACACCGUCAUCAUGUUUCUGUUUCAAGCUUUGACAGCUUUGCCUCAAUAAUGAAAGAAGAAAGUAGAGGCAACUUGGUUCAUACAACAGAACUGUGUUUUCAGUCGAGCUCGCCUAUUUUUAAUACAGGUUGGACAAAGGCUUGCUGGGGAAUUCAACAGUUUCUGAAACAAACAAAACUUUACGGUGUGCCCAAGUGGUAUUUAUAUUCUAUGUCAUACCUCUGCUUUCGAGGCCCUGAGUUAAGAAGACUUCUCUUGAAAAUGAGAAUGAAUUUGAGAGCUUUCUUAUGUGUAACCUCAUAUUCUAAAUGUUGUUAUGUUCUUUGAUUGCUAGUAAUAACAUCUCUGCUGAUUUGUCUGUCUUGGAUAUGAAACUAUGGAAAAAAUAGGUUAUGAUUUGCAAUAUUAUAUUUUGUAAUUAUUUUUAAUAUAGUAGUUUGGAAAUAAAGUUUGAAGUGGGUAAGAAAGAACUAUUAUCAACACUUAAGCUUAGGGCUUUGAUAUUGUGUUACAGGUUUCUUUGUUGCCUUUAAGAACCUGUCUACAGCUUUAUGGUGCUCAAGGUAGAUCUGCAUGUGAUGAAUAUAAUAUUUUUUCAAAGAUCUUUUUUCUCAUGUUAUGUAGGUCCCAAUCUGACCAAAUACAGCACAGUGUGCUGCCACCAGUGUCUGUAAGCACCAGUGCUGCUCUGGCAGCACUGAGGGACUGCUUUGGUUUUGCUAAAUAGGUGGCAUUAAGCCCUCCUUCUUCAGGUUGGAGGCUCAGAAGGCUUCCAGGUGCUUCUCAGGGCUUUUGCCACCUCCUGUUUCUCUCCUACUGAGAAAAAUGCCUCUUUUCUUCCAUUGCUUUCAGUGUUCUUUGGCUUUCAUGUCACCAACAUCCAUACAUACAAGCUGAUCCGUAUAUAAAAAGUGUAUUUCAUUUCCUUGCAAUGCCCAUGCCCUCAGUAGUGUUUCUGUUUUCACUAUGCCAAUCACUUCCCUUGACUGGCUUGGCAAUGCCAUCCUUGAGGCAUCCCAGGAUAUGUUUGGCCUGCCUGCCUGGGCACACAGCAGGCUCAUGUUCAGCUUGCUGUCAGCCAAGAACCCCAAUUCUCUUGUAGCAGAAUUGCUCUCCAGUGUCUCAGCCCCCAGUUUAUACAUAUAGCUAAAGUUGCCCCUUCCCAAGUGCAGAGUCUGGCAAUUUCUUUUGAUGAUCUUCAUGCAGUUGGUGAUUGUCCAGAACUCUUUGUAAGCCUUUUCCACUUUUGAUGGAAUCAACUGCUUCUCCCAGUUUAGUGUCAUCCACAAGCUUGCUCUAAACACCUUCUGGUCUUGUAUCCAAGUAAGAUACAAAAACAUUAAAGAGAACUGGCUUUAAAACGUUGUCCCUACAGAAUAGCUGGGGUCUGUUUGAGGCUAUAUUGACUACCAGAGAUCAUCCCAAGAGUCUUAUGAAGCAUUUUGAACAACCUGGAAUGCCAAUGUGACUAGAUUUGUGUGUCAUAAUCUUUCCUUGAUGCUGUUAGGCAUUCCUGAGCAUUAAAUUCGGGUUUUUGGUGACUGCCUUUGACUGACAAAGUGGCAUCACUCUCCAGUGAUUCAGUUUCUGAUGUUUGAAGAUGAAGUGGACUGCAGAAGCCUCCUUCUUUUUGUCCAAUGAUGUCAAUGUAUUUUUAUUCAUGCUGGUAACUCCUGAAAAGAUUAUUAGAAAUGGAAAGUAGGAAUUUUUGUAUUCCUUUUGUGUUUUUGUCAAUGAAUAAUUAAACAUCUGUGCCCAAGAGACUCAUAGUUGAAACUUAGCAGAGACAGUUCCCUGUAGGUUGUUUUGUUCAGGGACCUCUCUUCUUCAUUUGAGCUAUGUUUCAUUACUUUACAUGUUUACAGUUAGUAACUACUCAAAGACCUGCAGCACUGGGAUGAGUGAUUGUAAGUGUGCACAAAGGUACAUGCGAUGUGUAAUUAAGUUGUCAACCGUUCACAAGGUGCACUAUCCAAACAUAUACGGUAAGUGCAGGAUUCCACUGUCCUUAUACCCCAGAACCACAAGGGCAAUAAUGGAGAUACAGCAGAUACACCUGUGAUGCCAGUUAGAAUGUUGUACAGAGAUGCAGAUUUAAUCAUUUUCUGAUGUCAGCUAUUCUGCAAAACUGAAUUCUGUCAUAAAUUCUUUUAUAUAUGUAUAUACAUAUAUAGUUUAUUUAGAAAUAGUUUUUAUUUGGGGAAACAGGCAUAGUAUUUUAAAUUGAGUUGAUUUUAGUGUCUGAUUCAAAGGAGAGAGUUUCUUAGUAGCUUGUGUAUAACUUCUAUUAAAAAAUGCUCUUUUCCUGCAGGUCUGUAAUCUUGAUUGAAACUGUAGAAAUAAAAAUGUAUUUAAUGUAUCA